GGAUGCAGGAUAGCUGGAAGUCCUUGGCGGUGUUGGGGAAAGUGAGCUAUGGCAACCACGAGUGCUUUUCCAGGCGUAUCUUUGCGAGAAGCCACCCAGCGAAAGUUGCGGAGGUUUUCAGAGCUUAGAGGCAAAUCUGUGGCAGCUGGAGAAUUCUGGGACAUUGUUGCAAUAACAGCAGCUGAUGAUAAACAGGAACUUGCUUAUAAGCAACAGCUGUCAGAAAAGCUGAGAAAAAAGGAGUUACCGCUUGGAGUUCAGUAUCAUGUUUUUGUUGAUCCUGCUGGAGCCAAAAUUGGAAAUGGAGGAUCGACACUUUGUGCCCUUCGAUGUUUGGAAAAACUUUAUGGAGAUGAGUGGAAUUCUUUUACCAUCCUAUUAAUUCACUCUGGUGGCUACAGUCAACGCCUUCCAAAUGCAAGUGCUCUGGGGAAAAUUUUCACUGCUUUACCUUUUGGUAGCCCCAUUUAUCAGAUGUUGGAAUUAAAACUAGCCAUGUACAUUGAUUUCCCCUCACAUAUGAAUCCUGGGAUUCUGGUUACCUGUGCAGAUGAUAUUGAACUUUAUAGUAUUGGAGAAUCUGAGUAUAUUAGGUUUGACAAACCUGGCUUUACUGCUUUAGCUCAUCCUUCUAGUUUGACUGUAGGUACAACACAUGGAGUAUUUGUCUUAGAACCUUUUAACUAUUUAGAACAUAGAGACCUUGAGUACAGAAGUUGCCGUCGUUUCCUUCAUAAGCCCAGCAUAGAAAAGAUGUAUCAGUUUGAUGCUGUGUGUAGACCUAGAAAUUUUUUUCAACAAAGCUUUGCUGGGGGUGAUAUACCCUCUCUUAAAUUAUACCCUGAGUAUGUCUACACAGACAGCCUAUUUUACAUGGAUCAUAAAACAGCGAAAAAGUUACUUGCUUUUUAUGAAAAAAUAGGUACACUAAACUGUGAAAUAGAUGCCUAUGGAGACUUUCUGCAGGCUUUGGGACCUGGAGCAACUGUGGAAUAUACCAGAAACACAUCAAAUGUUACUAAAGAAGAGUCAGAGUUGAUAGACAUGAGGCAAAGAAUAUUUCAUCUUCUUAAAGGAACAUCACUAAAUGUUGUUGUUCUUAAUAACUCCAAAUUUUAUCACAUUGGAACAACUGAAGAAUAUUUGUUUCAUUUUACUUCUGAUAGCAAUUUGAAGUCAGAGCUUGGCUUACAGUCCAUAGCUUUUAGCAUCUUUCCAGCAAUACCAGAAUGCUCUAGUAACAAAUCCUGUAUCAUUCAAAGUAUAUUGGAUUCAAGAUGUUCUGUGGCACCUGGCUCAGUUGUAGAGUAUUCCAGAUUGGGGCCUGAUGUUUCAGUGGGGGAAAAUUGCAUUAUUAGUGGUUCUUAUAUCAUAACAACAGCCGUCCUGUCUGCACAUUCUUUUGUGUGUUCCUUAAGCUUGAAGAUGAAUGGACACUUAAAGUAUUCAACUAUGGCAUGUGGAGUGCAAGACAACUUGAAAAAGAAUGUUAAAACAUUGUCAGAUAUAAAGUUACUUCAAUUCUUUGGAGUCUGUUUCCUGUCAUGCUUAGACAUUUGGAAUCUCAAAGUUACAGAGGAACUGUUCUCUGGAAACAAGACAUGUUUGAGUUUGUGGAAUGCUCGUAUUUUCCCAGUUUGUUCUUCUUUGAAUGAUUCAGUUACAACAUCCCUAAAGAUGUUAAAUGCUGUACAGAACAAGUCAGUAUUCAGCCUGAAUAAAUAUAAGCUGUUGUCCAUUGAAGAAAUGCUUUACUACAAAGAUGUGGAAGACAUGAUAACUUAUAGGGAGCAAAUUUUUCUAGAACUUACUUUGAAUAGAAAACAGUCUGAUUUAGAGACAUCUUAAAUAUUGUAUACUCUGCCUUUCUUGAUUGAGCAAGAUUGCAGAUGCAGGAGUUUUCUGUAGACUGUUGUUUUUUAAUUGAAGUGAAUUAAUGAAAAUUAUAGUAACAUUGCUGUAGCAUAAAAUUGAUAACAAAAAUACAAAUAAACCAUUUUUUAAUGAAAAAUAGCUUAAGGAUGUAAGUUCAGAAAAGUGAUUUUUAAAAAAUAUUUAUCACUUUUAAAUUUCUUUUAUAAAGGUGGAUUUGUGGAAUAUUAUUUUGUUCACAAAAUACUAUAAUUGUUUUAAAGGUAAUUUUCUAAAUAUACCUUCAGAAUUUUUUUAUCUUCUUUUGGGCUUUGGUUCCAAUGAAGUUCUAACUGUUCAUUGGCAGUUCUCUCCUCAAGUGCAUUAGACCUAUUCUGAUGAACUAAUAAAAAUGUCAUACUGUAGGGUCUUCAAAGCACUGUAGGAAUACUGUAGAAGUACUUUUUCAGAAACAAAUCCAUGGCUGACAGUCAAAUUAAAUGAAUGUUUAAAAUAUUG